CUGAGAUGACGUCAGCCGUGCGUACACACACAGCAGGGCCCACGGCCAGAGCUGCAGUCCGAGCAACGAUGGAGGGAAUAUAACGACCUUUUUUUUAUACGUUAUCAGGGAAUCAAAAAAAAUGGAGGGGGCAAAUUUUGGCUACUCCCAAGACUACCUUGACCGCUUUAUCCAAAGUCAAGACUCAUCUGUGGUGAACAAGUUCCAGCAGAAGUACUGGAAAACCAAACAGACGCUCAUUAAGGUCACAGGGAAGAAAGAAGACGAACAUGUGGUGGCGUCAGAUGCAGAUCUGGACGGCAAGCUGGAGGUCUUCCAUUCCAUCCAGAGAACAUGCAUGGAGCUGCUCAAGGUCAUCGAGCAGUACCAGAGGAGGAUCUGCUUUCUUUCCCAAGAGGAGAAUGAGCUGGGUCGUUUCCUGCGCUCCCAGGGCUCGCAGGAUAAAACCAGGGCUGGAAAGAUAAUGCAGGCCACUGGGAAAGCGCUCUGCUUCUCCUCCCAACAGAGAUUGGCUCUGAGGAACCCUCUGUGCCGUUUGUACCAGGAGGUCGAGACAUUUCGCUAUCGAGCGAUCUCAGACACGUGGCUGACAGUGAAUCGAAUGGAGCAGUCCAGGACCGAAUACCGUGGAGCGCUGCUUUGGAUGAAGGACGUUUCUCAGGAGCUGGAUCCAGAUACUCAUAAACAGAUGGAGAAAUUUCGCAAGGUUCAGGCCCAGGUGCGCACUACCAAAACAGGCUUUGACAAACUGAAGAAUGAUGUCUGCCAGAAGGUUGACCUGCUGGGAGCCAGUCGCUGCAACCUCCUCUCUCACGUGUUAACCACAUACCAGACAACACUUCUGCACUUCUGGGAGAAGACAUCCCACACUAUGGCGGCCAUUCAUGAGAGCUUCAAGGGCUGUCAGCAUUAUGAGUUCUCCACACUUAAGACCUUACAAGGCCCCACUGGCAAGCUGGCUAAGAAGAAGGGAAAGAGGAAAAUUAAAGCAAAUGGCGCAGAUGGAAAGUUAGCCGAGAACACAGACGACCCACUCAUCUCACUAGCAAAUGAAAGCACCAGUGAUAAGACCAGAGAAGGGAAUGGAGAUCAUCUCUCUGCCUAUCCAGAGUUAGAGGGAGAGGAGAAGGACAGCAUGGCCUUACUGAAUGAGAUCCUGGGCAGUAUGUCUGUGGAUGAGGACGACUUCUCUCGAGAGUGGACGGAUGUGUUCGGAGACACCGAGGAGGGAACGAGCGCGGCAUCAGGCAGACAAACGGAGACCCAGCAAAAGGAAAACUCCUUCUUUCUACCAUCUCAGCUGUUGGACCAGAGCACAAAUAAUCUGCAUUCUUCCUUCUCAGAUUGGGCCGGGGUCAUUUCACAGCCUGUCGCCCAGGCAACAGAGCCCUCCUCUGGAGCCAGUCAGAACCCUUCUAAGCCAGCAGUGAAAGAGAAAGCAGGGAUGUCCAAAGAUCUCUCAGCGUGGUUCAACCUAUUUGCCGACUUGGACCCCCUCUCCAAUCCCGAUGCGGUCGGCAAAACUGACACAGAGCACGAACUUCAAAACGCAUAGUUGUUCCUCAGUGUCAUGGUGAAAUAUGAAAAAUGACAUCUUUAUAAAGCAGAAUAUACUGUAGCUGCCAGUGACCAGAGACAACUCUGAACACACACACACACACACACACACACACACACACACACACACACACACACACACACACACACACACACACACACACACACACACACACACACACACACACACACACACACACACACACACACACACACACACACACACACACACACACACACACACACACACACACACACACAGAGAGAGAGAGAGAGCUGAAGCAAAUAUUGUGAUAACUAUUCAGUUAUUUCAGUAAUUCUUCAGGCAAAUAAUGCCAAAUAUUUUUGAGGAUUUCCUGAUUUCUUUAUCAUAUGUGGAAGUAAACUGAAUAUCUUUGGUUUCUGGACUAUUGGUCAGACAAUACAUUAUAAUAUGAAAUAAUAAGAAAGGGCAUUAUAAUUUCAUCUAAUAGACAAAACCGGUAAUUAUCAUAAUUAAAACAAUCAAUAGUUGGAUCUUUUUCUUGUUAUAACAACAUAUAUAAAAAGCACUAUGAGAUAAUAAAAAGAUACUUUGAAAUGUUAUAACAACUAAACUUAGUCUGCAAAUAGGCUUGAACAUUGUAAUAACAUUUCAUAUCAGUAAAGUAUCUUAUUAUAUGAGAAAUACAGGAUCUUGUUAGGACAAGAGAAAUGUUCUUGUUAUUACAAGGAACUGAUUUUUUCUCAUGUUGGCACCAUUAUGCUGCUUUAAAGUGUUCCACUAACGACUACUAGCAGUCGAUUUUUUCUUUGUAAAAGAAAAGGAUCCUUUACAAGACAACGAUAAUAAUCCUGUUCCCCCUUUACUUGGGUUAAAUAUUUAAUGUUUAGCAUAGAUACCUCAUUAUGACUUUGGAACAAGAAGCCUUUGACAUUGAGCUGCCUUGGAAAUCUGUAUUCUCUAGAAGCAUUCAUGCUUUAUUUCUGAUUCUCAUUACUAAAGACUGCACACAGGGAACACGAACACCAGAAAGAAAGGCAUCAAAGAUCACAGUGCAAUAGUUCACGUGUUUACAAAAUACAGUAAAUGUUGAG